AUGCGGGCAUUAAAAUGGUUGAGGAUAGUGCUGUCGGUCAACUACGCCGCCGGAGAGGGUCUACGGACGGCUCGGCAAGCCGGAUAUACUUACAACAUUCCCACGGUACCAUUUACCUUGCCUGCACCUAAUUACGGUCCACCGGCACCACCUCCUUCACCUCCGCCAAGUUAUCCCUAUUCCACCCCAUUGCCACCAUCUUCUAGGCCGGAUUAUUCUUAUCCCGCGACAGCCCCUGCACAGCCGCGUUACUCAUAUCCUUCACCACCAGCACCUCCUCCGCCUCCUCCGCCUCCUCCAUCUCCCCCUCGUCCUUCUCCAACACCUACUUAUUUACCACCACCCCCGCCGCCACCACCACCUCCACCACCACCGCCGCCGCCUCCACCACCACCUCCGCCACCUCCGCCUCCACCACCACCCCCGACACCGCCUCCGCCAUCAUCUACUUCUUUACCGCCAUCACCGCCGCCUCCACCACCACCGCCUCCGCCAUCAUCUACUUAUUUACCGCCAUCGCCGCCGCCUCCACCACCUCCGCCACCUCCUCCUCCAACACCUACUUCUUUACCGCCAUCACCGCCGCCUCCACCACCACCACCGCCUCCAACACCUGCUUACUUACCGCCGUCGCCACCGUCACGGCCACCACCACCGACACUGUCACCACAUCCGCCUCCUCUGCCUCCAUCAGUGUCACCAACCUACUUGCCUGUCUCAACAUCGCCUCCGUCAAUACGAGUUUCUACACCAGCGCCAACUUAUCUACCACCAUAUGGUCAGGAAAUCCAACAACUUUCUCAAGCACCCGUCACUUACGCAUCAAGCACCGCAUCUGCAAUGUCGUCCAAUGCGGUUAAAAUAAUUGGACCAGUUGGACCAACGGUGAAUAAUUACGGAGCAUCUAACGCAGCAUCGUUUGCAAGUUCUUCGGCUUCUAGUCCGACAUAUGACUACUCGACAGCGCGUCCCACGACUAUUGGAUACAAUUAUCCUACGCCUGCUCCUCCCGCCAGCUAUCCUGCCCCAGCUCCUCCACCUAGCUAUCCUGCCCCAGCUCCUCCACCUAGCUAUCCUGCUCCUGCUCCUCCGCCCAGUUAUCCUACGCCAGCUCCUCCACCUAGCUAUCCUGCUCCUGCUUCUCCACCCAGUUAUCCUGCCCCAGCUCCUCCACCCAGUUAUCCUGCCCCAGCUCCUUCACCCAGUUAUCCUGCACCAGCUUCUACUCUGACUUCAAAGUAUAGCUAUUCUCCCAUCUCUAGACCUAGUUAUUCUGCAUCCGCUCCUCCACGUAGUUAUCACGUAGCACCACGUCCUGGCCCACGUUAUCUACCUCCAGUCUCUUAG